AUGUCGCUGUUCAUCGCCUCGCCUCUUCCCGACAAGCGUGUGCAGCUUGCGUCUAUCAUAACAACUGCAUACAUCACCUUCCUGACCUGUUUGAACACAUUUACGACUGGAUGGACGAGCAAGAUCGCUUCCCGUCAUGCAACUGUACUGCUUUUGGUAUUCUCUGGCGUAUACUUCUAUCGCGAUCUCUUCCCGCUCGCCACCUACACGCUAUCACCUCGUGAUGAGGCGGAGGGCGACUUCCUAUGGGGCAAGAUCGCUCUCAUGUUCUUGACGGGCAUUGCGGUGCCAGUGUGCAUUCCGCGGAUAUAUACUUCGGUGGACCCAGAGCACCCCCAGACGGAGACGGCCCCGGAACAGACGGCAUCGAUCCUCUCCUUAGCUACCUUCUCCUACAUGGACUGUGUGCUUUGGAAAGCGCAGAAGGUGGCGCACAUGACGAAGGAGGACCUACCUCCCAAUGCCGACUUCGACUACGCCGCCAACCUGAAGAAGAGGGCGUUCCCUCAUCUCGAUAAGUUCUCCGGGGCGAAGGACCGUCACAUCAUCUGGAACCUGCUGCGCGUCUUCCGUGUCGAGCUCGCUACCAUGACCGCCAGCAUGCUAUUCUACGGCGUCAUGACCUUCGCCGCGCCACUCGGCAUCUUCAACCUGCUCAGCUACUUCGAGACGCACGGCGAGGGCGCGACCAUGCGCCCGUGGUUCUGGAUUAUGUGGCUUUUCAUCGGCCCCUCCCUGAUGUCGCUCGCGCUGAACACCUUCCUCUACAUCUCGACGCACAACUUCGCGCAGGCAGACAGCAUGAUCACGCAGCUGUUGUACGAGCACGCGCUGCGCAUCCGCAUGAAGGCCGACUCGGCUGGUUCGUCAAUGCCGUCGGAGGCCCCGAAGAAGGCACCUUCGGCCGCGUCGAGCGAGGCUGGCGAGGACGAGGAGACUGUCGGUGAUGCGUCGUCGAUCGAGACGCGCACGGUGGCUGCCAAUGAGGAGCCGGCGAAGGAGGCCCAGAAGGCGGAUAACGGCCAGCACAUUGUCGGCAUGAUCAACAACUUGGUCACCACCGACUUGGCCAACGUGACGGCUGCGCGCGACUUCGUGCUGCUUUUCAUCGUCCCCUUCCAGAUCACCAUUACCAUUGCCUUCCUCUAUGUGAUCAUUGGUUGGGCUGCCUUCGUCUCGUUUGCGACCAUCCUUGCCAUGAUGGUCGUGCCCGGGUGGAUAGCCAAGCAGAUCCAGGUAGUUCAGACUGAGCGCUUGAAGAAGGCGGACGCGCGCAUCCAGCUUGUCUCCGAGACGAUGAACGUCAUCCGCAUGAUCAAGCUCUUCGGCUGGGAGAAGACGACGCUAGGCAAGAUCGACGACCGCCGCGAGGAGGAGCUCACCUGGCUCUGGCGCCGUCGGCUCUUGAACUUUGGAAGCCGGAUGUUCUCGUUCACCUCGCCUUUGAUCACCAUGGGCACGACGUACAGCUGUUACACCCUCUUCAUGGGCAAGGAGCUGAACGCGUCUGUUGUGUUCUCGACGAUGGCCCUCCUCGACCGGCUGCAGGAGUACCUGUACAUGACCAGUUUGGAGCUCACUGCCGCGAUGUCAGCGAAGGUCUCUGCCGACCGCAUCAACGACUUCUUGAAGAACACUGAGCUGCUCGAUGAGUACUGCGCAGAGUCGAAGGAUGCGGCCACCUUGCCUCUGACCGUCGUCGACGAGAUCGAGCGCUCGGACAAGAUCGGCUUCCGGAACGCCAAGUUCUCAUGGUCGUCGGGCGACGCGCACCGUGGUACGAGCUCACCGGCCAAGAGCGGCUUCACGCUCUCCGUUGAUGGCGAGGUCACAUUCAAGCCCGGUCAGGUCAACCUGGUCGUCGGACCUACCGGCUCGGGCAAGACCAGCUUGCUCAUGGCGCUUCUGGGCGAGAUGCACUUCGUUCCCACUGUCCCCGACUCUUGGUUCAGCCUCCCGCGCGAGGACGGUGUCGCGUACGCAGCGCAGGAGGCCUGGGUGCUCAACGACACGAUCAAGAACAACGUCAUCUUCGGCUACGCCUACGACGAGGACCGCUACAGGCGUGUCAUCGAGGCUUGCGGCUUGGCGCGCGACCUCGAGCUCUUCGGCGCGGGUGACCAGACGGAGGUUGGCGAGAAGGGGCUGACGCUCUCUGGUGGCCAGAAGGCGCGCAUCACACUCGCUCGCGCGAUCUACUCUCCGGCGAAGAUCCUGCUCUUGGACGACAUCCUCGCGGCGCUCGACGUGCACACGGCGAAGUGGAUCGUCGAGAAGUGUUUGCGCAGCGAGUUGGUGAAGGGCCGCACGGUUAUCCUUGUGACGCACAACAUCGCCAUGACGCGCUCAGUUGCGUCGUAUGUGGUCUGCUUGCACGUCGACGGUUCGGUCUCUUCGCAUGGCGCGCCCUCCGAUGUCUUUUCGCAUGAGCCGGAGCUCAUCAAGGAGGAACUGGAGAAGGAGCACGAGAAGGAGGUCGAGGAAGAGAAGGGUGAGGCUGCUCCUGCACCAGCUGCUGCUGCGCCUGCUCAGGAGGCGGGCCCCGCGGAGCCUGUGUCAGACGGCAAGCUCAUUUUGGCGGAAGAGGUCGAGACUGGUCAUAUAAGCUGGGGCGCCUUCAAGCUCUACCUGGCCGGCAUGAGCAAUGAGCACCCGUACAUCUUCUUCCUAUUCUUCCUCCUCGGCAUGGGCAUGGUACAGACGACCGUCGUCUCCAUCACCUGGUUUCUCGGUCACUGGGCAUCCCAGUAUGACACGCACGACCCCUCGGAAGUGAAGCCUCUGUACUACCUCGGGCUCUACGGCCUCAUCGUCGUCGCGGCUGUCGUCAUGAACUGCAUCGUGUACAUUUGCUACACCCUCGCCGCCCUCAAAGCGUCCCGCGCCAUCCACACCAAGCUCCUCGAGAGCAUCCUCGGCAGCACCCUCCGCUGGCUCGACAUCACGCCCACCUCCCGCGUCAUCGCGCGCUGCACGCAGGACAUCCGCUCCAUCGAUGACGGCGUGCAGAACCAGCUGUACCUCUUCUGCGAGAGCACGGUCACCAUGAUCGCCAAGCUCAUCGCCGUCGUGGUCAUGACGCCCAUCUUCCUGCUCACCGGCGCGAUCGUCUUCAUGAUCGGUGGGUUCUGCGGCCAGGUGUACAUCAAGGCGCAGCUGUCGGUCAAGCGCGAGCUGUCGAACGCGCGUGCGCCGGUGCUUGCGCACUUUGGGACGACGAUAUCGGGCUUGCCGUCGAUCCGUGCAUACGGUGUCGAGGAGCGCUUCAAGGCAGAGUCGAUGCACCGCCUCGACGGGUAUAUUCGCCCUGUGCGCAAUAUGUACAACCUGAACCGCUGGAUCUCGGUGCGCGUGCAGAACCUGGGUGCGCUGCUCACAGCGUCACUUGCGGCGUACCUGGUCUACGUUCAGGGCGCGCGGAGCUCGUCUUCCACCGGUUUCUCGCUUAACAUGGCUGUCGGUUUGAGCGAGCUCAUCCUGAAUUGGGUCCGUAUCGCGAAUGAACUUGAGGUUGAGAGCAACAGUCUCGAGCGUAUCCGUGGUUACCUCGACGUCGAGCAGGAGCCCAAGCCCACCCAGCAGGGCAAGCCUCCCGCAUACUGGCCGUCCAGCGGUGAACUGCGCGUUGAGAAGCUCUGCGCCAAGUACUCCGUCGACGGCCCGAAGGUGUUGAAGGACCUCAGCUUCGACAUCAAGUCCGGUCAGCGCGUCGGCGUCGUCGGACGUACCGGGUCGGGCAAGAGUUCGCUAACCCUGUCUCUCCUCCGCUGCAUCCCGACCGAGGGAAAGAUCUUCUACGAUGGCCUCGAGACGCACGCCGUCAACCUCGAUUCGCUGCGCUCGAACAUCACGAUCAUCCCCCAGGUGCCCGAGCUCCUCGCUGGCUCACUGCGCGAGAACCUCGACCCUGCCGGCGAGCACGACGACGCGGCGCUGAAUGACGCAUUGCGCUCCGCGGGCCUCUUCGCGCUGCAGAGCAACAUGGACGAGGGUCGCAUCACGCUGGACAGCACGAUUACGAGCGGUGGCAGCAACUUGUCAGUGGGGCAGAGGCAGAUCCUCGCUCUUGCUCGCGCACUCGUACGCGGCAGCAAGGUGCUCAUUCUCGAUGAGGCGACGUCGGCGAUCGACUACCAGACGGACAACAUCAUCCAGGAGUCGCUCCGGAAGAACCUGCCUGCCGACGUGACGCUCAUCACCGUCGCGCAUCGUUUGCAGACGAUCAUGGAUUCGGAUAAAAUCAUGGUGCUUGAUGCUGGCCGAUUGGUCGAGUUUGCGAGUCCGCGGGAGUUACUAGGGAAGCGCGGUGGCAUCUUGAAGUCGCUUGUGGACGAGUCUGGGGACAAGGAUAAGUUAUAUGCGAUGGCUGGAGCAGCGUGA